AUGUCUCGCCAGUCCUGUGCCCGGAGCAUUGGAGGAGGGUUUCAGAACAAGGGUUUCAGUUCCAGCUCUGUCUGCUUUGGGGGUGGAAACAAAGUCAGCUUCAACACUGCUUCCAUGUCCCGUGGAUGUAAUGUCCGUAGCGGAGGCGGUGGCUUUGGCAGCAGGAGCCUGCAUAACAUGGGGGGCAGCAAGAGAAUCUCCUAUGGUGGAUAUGGUGGCGGUGGCUUUGGCGGGGGUUUCGGUGGCGCCUGUGGCCAAGGGGCUGGGGGCUUUGGAGCUGGUGGUGGCCUUGGCGGUGGCCUUGGCGGUGGCUUUGGCGGUGGCUUUGGCGGUCCAGGUGGACUUGCAAUCUGCCCUCCAUUCCCAGGAUGUCCACCUGGAGGCAUCAAAGAGGUGACCAUCAACCAGCACCUCCUGCAGCCCCUCAACCUGGAGAUAGACCCGGAGAUCCAAAAAGUGAGGACUGAAGAAAGGGAGCAGAUCAAGACCCUCAACAACAAGUUUGCCUCCUUCAUCGACAAGGUGAAAUGAUUUUGAGAGCAUUUAACUUGCAUGUAGCUCCAAGAUUUUCUCUUUCUCUUUCCUUUUUGUUUCUCAGUAUGAGGGCCUUUUGUCUUGUGUCUGUACUGAGUAUUGUGUCUAUCAGAUCUGGUCUGAUUUGUAUUUUUUAAAACAACAACAACAAUGAAUUUCAAGGCUGAAAAUGGUGAAGCCAUUUUAAAAGCGUUAGUUUGCCAGUUUUGUUAUGAUUCUUUCUAAUUUGCCUUGCUAUAAAAUCUCAAAUCAAGAGGUUUUAUAUUUAACCUGUAUACUUCAUGGAGGGGUGGUCAAAUGUGAGUCCCCAAGGGCAUGCCAGUCCUGAGUGUUUCAAGUAAACAGGAACAUAAUACAGGGCAAAAGUUUCUCUUAAAAAUCUGUACCAAUGUAACUGCCGUGGCUCCCUACAAAGGAUUCUGGUUACUGCAGUUUGGUGAAGCAGAUGCUUAUUCUCAGAGAUUCUUCCCCAUUACAGAACUAUACUUUUCAGGAUGCCCUGGGGGGUAUGACCUGUGCAAGUAUGUACUAUUGACAUGCCCAUUUGCAUAAUGUUGUCAGUACUAAUCAGUAAGCAGUGAAAGAUAAUCUGGGAAAAGGUGGGCAUAUGUUUCUUCCCCAGGACAAUCCUGGACCAAUACCCAGAAACUACCAUGUUGAUCCUUUAGUGACCCUUCUCUAACAUACAGAUAGGAAAGGCUGGAAGCUAUUUUGAAUCCCACUAAACUGAGGGCAUUAGAUGCGCAUUGAAUGCACAGCUGACCUGCAUCAUACGUGCAUCAGUGACGCAACAAAUCCUUGUCCCUUCUUAUUUCCUUUUCUGGUCACCUCCUCAUUGCAUCCCUCAGCCGCCUAUUGUGACUCAAGGGUCUUGGGGAGGCUAAAAAGUAGUGGCUGCAGUACAGAACACGCAACUGGAAGGUCUCCCUGCUUGUGGGCAAUGCAAAGGAAAGCCUAGAAUGGAGGAAGGAGAUGCAUAAGUGGUGUUAGGAGAAAGCAACAUCAGCAGGCAAGUUUGGACUAAUGGCCAUGUCCAGUACUCCAAAAGAGGACACUGGGCAGAAUCCAGCACCUGUUGCUGUGGUUUCAGUUAUCCAGGAGUUGAGCAAUGUGAAGAAUACCUGGAUGCUUUCAAAGCCCAGAAGGUGAUGGUCACACCCUCAUCAUGAUACAGGCAGUGGCCCCAUCCUCAUCUCCAGAAAGCAAGGGCAGCCUGACUUGUAUGAGAAGAAGCAGGGCACUAUUUCUUGCUCUUUAGAAGGAAACUGUGAAGGUCGUCAGAUCACAUGUGGCAUAACUGAAAGUGGCUUUAAUGUGGCUCCUGAAGCUUUGUGCACGAGCCUGAGUGGAACAGAGCCACUAACAGUAAUGGUGGCAUUGAGACAAUGGGCAGGUGUUUUUCUCUAUCCUGUCAAUUUGCUGGCACUGGAGGGAGAGGUUUGUUGACACCAUCUUCUCUCCAGCCCUGAAGGUUAAUAAAUUUCCUCCAAUAUUUUAAAGAUGAAAAGAGGGAUACUCAUUUUGUGCCUGCAGCCAUACCUAUUGCUAGCUCAGGAACACUGCUAAAACACCCCUGUCACUACUAUUCUUUGCUUUGUAUGUGCAUCCAUUGAUUCUGCAUUAUCCCAAAGUUAAACAGUAAGCUUGUUCUUCUGGUUAAAGAUAUGCUAAAACAGCCUGACUUGUCUCCUAGAAUAUAUUACCUACAUUUCAAAAUUAAGCUUAACCAACGGCAACCUUUGAAAUAGCAGGAUGCGCAUUAUGCCACUGCCAACCUUGGACAAUCUGGUGCUUCCAGAUGUCCUGGACUACAACUCCCAUCAUCCCCAACCAGCACAGCUGGGAGUGGGUGGGAGUAUUGAUUUAGAGCAUCUGGAGGAUAUCAGCUUGGUGAAGGCUUCUCUACGUAUGCACAUAUUAUGUUAAUACACGGCAGUUCCUUCUGACAUUGUUGGUUAGAGUGCGGUACUGAUAAUGCCAAGGUUGCAGGUUCAGUCCCCGUAUGGGACAGCUGCAUGGUCCUGCUUUGCAGGGGGUUGAACUAGAUGGUCUUCAGGGUUCCUUCCAGCUCUACAAGUCUAUGAUUCUAUUAUUUAGCUUCAAAGAAGCAGAGAAGAGAAAGCUUGCUCUAUAGAAAUUCACAUUAGCAUCAUUUUUUUUAAAAAAGGAACACCAAACUCUUCAAAAAACCAAAACAGGGACAGAACAGGAAUAGUGAUUUACUCCAGGAACUGCCCUCCUCUUUAAAGGCAAUUAGAGUACAUGAUCAUAACCCUUUCUUUCUCCACCCUUAUUCUUUGUUUUGUUCAGGUCCGUUUCCUAGAGCAGCAGAAUAAGGUUCUGGAGACCAAGUGGAAACUCUUGCAAGAGCAGGGCCAAGGGACUGGCAUUGGUCAAAAGAACCUUGAUCAGUUCUUUGAGGUCUAUAUCAACAACCUCAGGAAGCAGCUUGAGUGUCUUCAGAAUGAGAGGAGAGGCCUGGAAUCAGAGCUGAAGAACUUCCAAGAUCUUGUGGAGGAUUACAAGAACAAGUAAGGGAUUAUAGAACGAAAAGAAUCAAUGGGAAUCAAUAAACGAUCUUUCCCGCCGGUGCAAUUGAAGGUGGAUGGGCCAGGCCCAGACUACCUAUUUGAAAAGCCAGACCUGGCCUUUUGCUGAAGCUAGGAUGACAGAAAAUAGAAAUAUUAACUUUCAAUUUAUUUAUUUAUUUAUUUUAAACAAAAGUGUAUAUACCCACAGAUAGAGUACAGAACGCCUCGGAUGUGUGUGUGUUUGGUUUGCCUCUUAGCUUGGGCAUUCAACAAUGAAUGUUCAGUGCCAGUGAGAAGUCACAAUUUGAUCAUGGUAUCAUGCUUCUGGCGGGACCUAACUUCCUCUUGAAUUUGAAUUUGACCCCGGUAGAAAUCUGAUGGAUUUGGAAAGGGAUUAUUCUAUUUUAUGCUCCCGAAUUAUCUGUAAGACCUUCCCUAGAUCAUUCAUUGAGUGGAAUGUGGAGUUGAACUUGAAUCUCCAUGGUCUACUUACUAUAUCACACUGAAUGAUCUGAUUCACUGUUACAUAUGAGAUGACUCACGAACAUAGUGUACAUCCUGUGUGAUGUACAGAGUAACCAGGGGAUUUUUAAAGGUUUUAUUGGUAAAAUCAUGUGUUUGUAUCUUUUUGGGGCUCUUUGCACCUUUAUAAUUAUUGCAGCUAAGGUGAAAAACUAUGGUUGAUUUCCAAUAACUCCCAACGUUGAAAUAUAUGAUUUUACAAAUUGUUUUUGCUUUUCAUUGCUCAAGACUCAAUGAAGUCCAGUAACAUGAUUACACUAUGCUAUAAUUGGGCAGGGAAUACCGUGUGCUUGUACACAUGUUGUACACUAGAACCUCCAUAUUCCUUAACCAUUGGCCAUGCUAGCUGAGGCUGAUGGGAAUUGUAGCUCAAAACACCAGGAAGGCACCACACUGGCUAUGUCUGCUGUUAAUCCUAGCAAAAAUGGUGACCCACAGCUUGAAUUCUGACAAACUGAUCCAUUGGGCAGCCCUAAGGUAUGCAUUUGGUGGCACUUGAAAAUAGGUACUGUAAUUUAAUAAACUCUUGAGCCAGGAAAGUAUGUUGUAAAUCAGGAUGGCGUUCAACAGAGUCUUUGUUUGUCUGAUGCCAAAGAAUGUAGAAUGCUCUUGGCAGAGGACAGUGUCUGAAGAAUGGAAACAAUGAAGAAUGUUCUAUGAGUUAUAAACCUAGGAUAUCAAGUAACCCACAAAAUUGGGGAUUGGUAAUUCUCUUUCACUUGCAGGCCAAGCAAAUUCACAAGGCCUUUGGCUGUUAAGAAAAUCUAGAAAGAAGAAGGCAGGGCUAGAUGUCCUUUGCUCAACCCCACCCCCUCCUGAUCUAGACUUUCUAAAAAAAAAUUCUGGACCAAGAUUUUUUAAUCAAACGAUGCUGUGGAAUAACAAAGCAAUAUUUCACAUAUUGCUUCUAUUUUAUUGUUGCAUCCAAGAUUUCAGUUUCUUAAAAUAAAUUGGACCUUUUUUUUACAAGAAAUUGGGGAGUGUAGAUAGAUGUUGGAAAAGACACACAAAACUGUGCAAAUAGAAAAGGAAAAGUAUUCACACCUGAUGUUCUUUCUUUGCAUUGACCAGAUAUGAGGAAGAAAUUAACAAGCGCACGGCAGCAGAGAAUGACUUUGUGCUCUUGAAAAAGGUAAGUGUGCCACUCUUCCUGUCUCCUUUGCAGUGAUUCGGAGGUGCAAGUAGCUAUUCACAUACUGGCAUUUAGAAGAACUGUGUGUGUGUUUGCCUUCAUCAUUGUGUGCAAAAUAUGAACUUCUCUCUGUCCUUUCCUUCAGGAUGUGGAUGCUGCUUACAUGAACAAAGUAGAAUUGCAGGCGAAACUGGACUCCUUGACAGAUGAAAUCAACUUCUUGAGAUGCUUGUACGACGCUGUAAGUAGUCUUUUUGUGGCCUCCUGGGAGAACACUAGAGUGAUGCGAAUUUUGGGGUGGAGUUAAGAGCGAGUGACAGGUAGAGAGUCAUUUGGGAAAUGGCAACUGGAAGAAGAGAUAUGGAAAUGAGGGGUGGAGAUUAGAGAGGUAAUGGAAGCAUAUGUAAAAGAGUUGGGAUUGCAGUUAUGAAAGUUAGGCUAGUCUAAAAUGUUAGAUUAGGAAAUUAUUCUGUAUCUGAUGACUACCUGUUUUGGGUGUCACAUUGCUUAAUUAAGUAUUAGGGGUGUGCACAGGCCCUAAGUUUCCCCUUCUACCUGUGUGCUUGUAAAAAUUCCAGUCUGCUUCUGAGUCACUCUGUGCUGUCUCUGCUUUGAUCUGUAAUCCAUCUCCUGAGCUACUCUGUCUAAAAUGAAGCUCACAGUUUCCCCAUUCACUAUAAUGGGAAAUCUUUUAUGUUCUUCAUUGCUCUGCAGAAGGUGCAAAAGUGCAUUGCAUCCUCUCCAUAAGACAUCCUUGCAAUGCAUAAAUCCACAUGCACGCAACAUCGUCUGCUGUUAUGACAGCAAUUUGACUAGUGUACAGUGGUACCUCGGGUUACAGACACAUUGGAUUACAAGCUCUGCUAACCAGGAAGUGGUUGCUCCAGGUUAAGAACUUUGCUCCAGGAUAAGAAGGGAAAUUGCGUGCCAGGGGCGUAGCGGUAGCAGGAGGCCCCAUUAUAGCAAAAGCAUGUCUCAGGUUAAGAACGGACCUCCGAGAACGAAUUAAGUUCUUAACCCGAGGUACCACUGUAUUAUAACAGCUAAUUUUCAUGUCCAGUUUUUGGGAUGCCAGAAAGUUCUAAGCAAAGUUUUUAGAAGGACAGACUUUUUGCAGGUGUGCCAAUAUGGACUACCACAUCCAUUAGUCACCUUUAGAAAAAAAAUAGACAGAUGCCCUACUAAGGGGAGAGGUAAGUGAUAAAAUCAACAUUUAUGGUGAAAAAACAUGAUGUGACCAUGGCGCUGUCUACAUAUUUAUUUAUUUAAGGUAGAUGUACUCUACACUUUAACCAAAUGGACUCCCAUGGCAGCUUACAAAAAUCAGUAAAUCGAUUUCUUUGGCAGGAAUUGAGCCAGAUGCAGCAGACUGUUUCUGACACCUCAGUUGUCCUCCAAAUGGACAACAACCGGAAUCUGGACUUGGACAGUAUCAUUGCAGAGGUCAAAGCUCAGUACGAGGAAAUUGCUCAGAAAAGCCGAGCAGAAGCAGAGUCUUGGUACCAGUCCAAGGUGAGUUCUCAGGCCUAUCAAGCCUUGCCAGUGGAAAAUGACCUCCUUGAGCAAAAACCAAAUCCAAACAAACAAAGAAACUCUGGUUGUUCAUUAAUGGGAAAGGCCAAAUGCACAUAAGGCAAUGUAUUAAACUACGAGUGAUCUGACUUCAGCUCCGUGUGCUUUGCUUUAUUUUAACUAGAAUCGCCAUGGUUUUCCAAUGUGUUUUACAUUCGCAAAGCAAGUGCGGGUUCAAAAUCUCUUGCCACUUGAGCCACAACAACCCUAAUGAAGUGGUCCUGUCUAUGCUUAUGAACAUACAAUGUAGUGCUUUGCUGGAACAGGCUAAAGGCCCCCAUUAUUUACAAAGAAGCCCAGCAAACAGCAGUUGGAACAUAGGAAGCUGCCUUAUACUAGCUCAUCUGAUUGGGUAUUGUCUACACAUAGUGGCAGCGACUCUCUGGGGCUUACAGCAGCGGUGGAGAACUUGUGCCCUCCAGAUGCUAUUGGACUCCAACUUUCACCAGAUCCAGCUAGCAGGGUCAGUGAUCAGUGAUAUGGGGAGCUGUAGUCCAACAACAUUUGGAUGGUCACAGGUUUCCCACGCCUGGUUCAUAGACUUCCCCAGCCCUAUAUGUAGAUCCUGGGAGUGAUCCUAGGACCUUCCACAUCCGAAGUAUAUGUUCUACCGCUGAGCUAUUGCCCUUCCCCAAGGUGCUAUGUUGUCCACUGGAAACUGGCUAGUAAUCUACCAGUAUUGCUUCAAAAUCACUUGUAGGUAAGCUUUUAAUCAGGCUAGUCCAACAAGCACUGCAAAAACACGCCUUUCUUUUUUGGGGACAACCUUGGAAGGGUGUCAGAGGGUUUGGCAAAACCUGAGCCAUUGGUCAGCUGGGUUUUUGUUUGAAGAAGAUUUAUCUUCUCUGACAUGACACAAUUUGACCCCUUUCUUCUUUCUGAAUUCCAGUAUGAGGAGCUGCAGCAAACUGCUGGGAAACAUGGUGACAGUCUCCGUGACACCAAGGCCGAGAUCUCUGAACUGAACCGGAUGAUUCAGAGGAUACGAUCUGAAAUAGAUAAUGUGAAGAAGCAGGUAAGGCUGGAGGAAUAUAUGCAAGAUUAACCCGAGGGUGGAGCGGGGCAGAGGUCUUUAUUGGAAUUUCACAAUCUGGUCAUCUUAGUCCUGUGCUGUUGUCUUAACUGCAGCAAUUCAUUUAGUAACACAACUAGUAACACAAGUAACACAACCAGCGCCUGCCAACCUAGCAGUUCGAAAGCACCCCCGGGUGCAAGUAGAUAAAUAGGGACCGCUUACUAGCGGGAAGGUAAACGGCGUUCCGUGUGCUGUGCUGGCUCGCCAGAUGCAGCUUGUCACGCUGGCCAUGUGACCCGGAAGUGUCUGCGGACAGCGCUGGCUCCCGGCCUCUAGAGUGAGAUGAGCACACAACCCUAGAGUCUGGCAAGACUGGCCCGUACGGGCAGGGGUACCUUUACCUUUAACACAACUAAAGGCAAGCCAAGAGAUAUCAGGCUGAAGUAGGAUGGCCUCUUUGUUACUUCCUGACCUUGCACUUCAAAAAAAUAUGGCACUCACAAAUGGUUCCCAGUGAAUGUAGGGGGAUGGUGCUGCUGGUAUUAAAAAUAAAAAUGAUAUUUCAGUAAUCAGUUUUUCGAAUGCCUUUCUUGCCUUUCAGUGUGAGAAGCUGCAGGCUUCCAUUGCAGAAGCUGAGGAACGUGGUGAGCUGGCCCUCAAGGAUGCCAGGGACAAAUUGAAUGAACUUGAGGUUGCCCUGCAGAAGGCCAAGGAAGAAAUGACCCGUCUCUUGAGGGAGUACCAGGAGCUGAUGAAUGUCAAGUUGGCGCUUGAUGUUGAAAUUGCCACCUACAGGACAUUGCUGGAAGGAGAGGAGAGCAGGUGAGUGUGAUGCGCAGGAAGGAGAUGUGUAUCUGGACUUUGCUGAAGAGAAGCAAAAAAAGGAAAUCAAACUAGAGCUUUCAUUGCAUAACCGAAAUGUAAGGAUGGGCAAUGUAUACCCAUUGGCGAGGAAAGCAUGUACUGCAGUGAUAGGGAAUCGUAGGAUCUACAAACAUUGCUGGGCUACAACUCCCAUCAUCCCUGAUGGUUGUCCAUGCUGAGAACUGUGGUCCAGCAACAUCUGGAGGGCCAUUGUUUGCCCAUCCCUGAUGUAUUGCAUACUGUGUACACAUGUGAACUGGUCUGGCUCAGAUUAAGCCAUGGUUAAGCUUGAUGGAAUGGUAAGAGCUGAGAUUAGGCUGUGGCAGUGCAAAUCCUAAUUGAGAGGGUUUAGGUGGAUGCUGUGGCAAGAACAGGGGAAGUAGGGACAUUGUUAGAGGGUGGCUCAGGGGACUGGAGUCCUGGUUCUUUUUUGGGGGGGUUAGGGUUCUUUCCUCCUUUUAAAAAAGAUUUAUUUAUUUAUUUUUGGUUACUUUACUUACUGCAAAGCUAGACCCCAGCCCCCUGCCAUCUUUUUUGCCCAAAGGCAUCUAUCAAAAUAUUUUCAUUUCACUUUUAAUUUGCAUACCCCCUUUCUAUAUUGCUAUAUGCAAAAUAAGCAACAAAGAUCAUACCUCUUACAACAAUAAAAGCUGAUGGAAAUAAGUCAUAAUAAGAAUAUGAAGCAUAUAAAGAACACCUGCAAUUUUUACUACUACUAUUACUACAAAUAAUAAUAAUAAUAAUAAUAAUAAUAAUAAUAGUAAUUCUUGAAGUACGUAGCAAUUCACCUGGUGGAGAGAGGUUGGGAAUGUCACAAACGAAGGCGCAUCUCAUUCUUCUGGGGUUGCCUCUGCUUCCAGUGCUGGGAGACGUUUACAAUGUGGACAAUGCAGCUGCAGCAACCACUGGAAGUUGUGGCAGGCUAGUGUGAGCUGAAGGAACAUGCCUAUCUGAAUUACAAGUUCUGUAAAGUGUGUCCCUGACUCUUGAAAUGAAGACUGUCUACCCGAUCAUGCCCACAUUAUUCCCUAGUGAUCUUGAUGGCCAAGCAAGCAGCUGCAUCCGGGUCUCCUGUGUCCAACCCUAUCUGCUCUCUGCACUGCACAGCACUCACCUUCGCAGUGCCUGAUGAUUAAAGCAACAAAGGGAUUCAAAGGAUUUGUUCAUUGUUGUUCAGUAUUUUGUGUAUGAAUGCCCAAUUGGAUCUCAUCUCUUGCCUAAACAUCAGGUUUUUUCUCUCCUUCACAGGAUGUCUGGAGAGUGUCAGAGCACUGUGAGCAUCUGUAAGUAGUGACUCUGUACUCAACUUUUAAAAUUAGUGGCACUAUCCUAUAACCAGCUGCUCUGGAAAAUGGCAUGCGCUGGCACCACUGCAUCUUGAUGUGGUUUUUACAACAGUGGUCAUAGUAGAGAUGCACCAAGCUCUUAAGCACCAUAGAUACAGACACAGAAGGAAAGUUGUGGAUGCAGAAUGUGGCAUCCGGGCUGUGGAAGAUCCCCCCUUGCGCUAUCCUGAACACUUUUUGACCACCACAAAUGCAACUGUGUUGGUGCAACUCCAGUGUGCUGUAGUAACAUGCCAGAAAGAGGUUGAAACUCAAGGAAGUCAGGGAUGAUGACCUGGAGGGCCACGGUUUCUCUGUCCCCAAUUUUAAAUGUUACAAAAAUACCAUGUGGGAACAACUUUUGUAUGUGAUGCCAUGGUUUGCAUUGCUUCAUGCUCAUGGGUUGAUAAUAUUUGUAACUCAUUCAAAGCAAGCCAAUAAACUUCAUGGCUGAAUGGGGAUCAUUUUGAACCCAGCUUCCCUUUAGUGCAAGGAUGGGGAACUUGUGGCCCUCCAGCUGCUACUGGACUGUAACUCCCAUCAUUCUUGACCAUUGGCCAUGCUGGCAAGGGCUGAUGGGAUCUGGAGUUCAGCAACAUUUGGAAGGCCACAGGUUCCCUGCUUUAGGUCUAGUUCAGUGCUUAAGCCCUUACAUGCCACACACUUUCUCAAUUGACUCUCAUCACAUGGAUGACUCCUUGGCCCUGGAGGCUUUGCUUGUCUUAUUUUAAGAUGCAAAGUAGCUGGGAGUUCUUUCUUUCUUUCUUUCUUUCUUUCUUUCUUUCUUUCUUUCUUUCUACAAUGACUUGCCAUCUCUUCAGGCGAUGGCUUGCAUGCUCCACUGGUGCAUUCCUGGGACAGAAUGCCCUGGAAUAGACAUGAAGUAGCACCACCCCCAUGCUCAGUGCUAGAGAAUUACAUUCCAGGCAUUAAAUAGCCAUAUUAGUCCAUAAAACCACCACAAUGCUAACCAUGGUUGUCUUCCUUUUUAGCUAUGGUUGGCUCCUCCUCUACUGCUUCUGGCGGUGGAUAUGGUGGCGGAUUUGGAGGUGGAUUUGGAGGUGGAAUGUGCUAUGGAGGAGGAUCUGGUGGCCUUGGUGGAUUCAGCUCUGGAAGCGGAAGAGGUGUUUGCAGCAUAGGAGGUGGGGGAGCUUGCUCUGUCGGCGGAGGAUACGGAGGAGGAUAUAGUUCCGGAGGCACCAUUGUGAAAAAAACCACCACAUCCUCCACUUCCAUCAAGUCUUCAAGCAGGAAAUAGGAAGCAACAGGUGCAGUGAUGACAUCAGCAUGGAUGAAAGAACCAUUUUUCUGAAGACAUCUGCAAAGCCACCCUGAACAGAAUCUUGGCGCCUUUCAGAAAAAUGGACUGUGCCCCUUAUGGCCCUUAUGGCUGCUCUCCCAGGAUAUUUUUUAAGUCUUGCAUUGUUUGGGUGGGAUACAGACUGAGUUAGCUGAACUUAAGUACCAUUGAGUUCUGUGAGACCUGUCAUUGCUAACUUGUCUCAUUUAUGUCAGUGGGACCUUAGUUCAUCUAAUGUAGUCGGUAUCCAACCCAAGCAACCCAACCCAAACUUAGUCUGUAACUCACCCUUUGUUCUUAACUCAUUGUUGACACAUUUCAUGCC